UCGACGCUGCCGAUCGUCCAAAACCCACAACGCCGAGAUUGGCUCACGUCGGGUGAUUUUUUUAGUUUAUUGUUUUUUUUGGGAGGCUCUUGCGGCAUCGCCGUCACUCGUGCCGACGGAGUGCGGUGCUCAGUUCGUCGCUGACAAUCGCCAUUUGCAACUCCCGGUGCAUCUCUCCCCGACGCAGACGGAUUUGUCCUCCCUCCCUCGCUCCCUUUCCCAGGAGACUGACUGCAUUUGCAAACCCGGGGUGGUCGUCGGUUGAGUAACGUGUGGGAUUGUCUGUUGUAGUUGCGAGAGGAGUCGUCACGUUGGGGAAGCUGCGGGGUUGGUCCUAUCCCCGUUACCGACUAGCUAUUACCCGGCCACCAUCCGCGCAUCCCUCGCCAGCCUGGUACCGAUUUCGCGUGAAUCAGUCGGGACUUGCAUGUAGCAGGGACGGGGCACACGUUUUUGCGACGCGACUUGGGUGGCAUUGAGCGCUGGAGGGAUUGCCUGGAUCUCGUCUUUCUUACGCUGGGAUCCGCGUCCUUGUGAGAGUUUCGGGCGUUAUGGGGCUGUGAGGUUGGGGAUUGAGGAGGUGGGGUUUUUUGGGGCGUAGGUUUUUGGGUGUAAGGGUUUUGGGUGUGUUGUUGUUGUUGUUGUUGAGGCGGGGUCUGGAGUUCGGGAGAAGGGUUUAGUGGUGAGAUUCGGUGAUCGGAAGAAGUAGAAGAAGAAGAAGAAGAAGAAGGGAGCGGGACAUGCGUUGGAAUGGGGGACCUUGUGUAUAACAUCGUUCCUGUGGACGAUCUCUCGUCUGCGGAGGGGCAUCCAGCGCUGAAGUUUCCGGAGGUUCGAGGAGCAAUAUUCGCCUUGAGAAGCGUUGGUGAUUUGCGAAAGCCUCCACAUUCACCAUGGCGACGCGACAUGGAUAUCUUAGAUUGGCUGGGUUGCUGGUUUGGCUUUCAGGCUUCCAAUGUCAAGAAUCAGCGAGAACAUCUGGUUCUUCUGCUUGCCAAUGCUCAAAUGCGGUCCAGUCCCGAUUCAUCGGACAAGUUGGAUGGUAAAGUGGUGAGGAGGAUCCGGCAAAAGGUGACAAAGAACUAUCAGUCGUGGUGCAGAUUUGUUGGCAGGGAUUCAGCAAUGAGCUUGCCGCCAGGCAAGCGAGUUGGUGACGAACGACAGGAAUUGAUCUACACAUCACUAUACUUAUUGAUUUGGGGCGAAGCGGCCAAUUUGCGCUUCAUGCCUGAAUGCCUUUGCUUCAUUUUUCACAAUAUGGCUCAUGAGUUGACGACAAUGCUUGAUAAGAGAUCGAAUGGCGAGAACUCCAAACCAUUUACGUGUGAACCUAAUGGGUUUCUGAAGAAAGUGGUCUCUCCUUUGUAUGAAGUUGUGAAAGCGGAGUCAAAAGUGAACGGUGCUCAUUCAAAGUGGCGGAACUACGACGAUAUUAAUGAAUACUUCUGGUCUGAUCGAUGUUUCACCCAUCUAAAAUGGCCAUUGGACGAAGCCUCUAAUUUUCUCGUCAAGCCCCAGCCGGGUAAACCUUUGACGAGGCAAAAGGUGGGCAAGACUGGAUUUGUUGAACAAAGAUCAUUCUUCCACAUUUUUCGAAGCUUCGACCGACUGUGGAUAGGUUAUAUACUGGUGCUGCAGGCGUGUAUAAUAACAUUGUGGAAUGGUCAGCAAAGAGCACCUUGGGUCGAGUUGCAAAACAGAGAUUCUCUGGCUCGCUUGUUGACCAUUUUUAUAACUUGGUCAGGCCUGCGACUUUUCUUAGCCUUGCUUGAUUUGGUUAUGCAGUUUAAGCUGGUUUCCCGGGAGACAUGGAAGACUGGGCUACGAAUGCUUUUGAAAGUGGUGGCGGCUAUUAUUUGGGUUGGAGUUUUCUCAAUACUCUACAGAAGUAUGUGGUCCAAGCGGCAUCAAGAUCAUAGUUGGUCUAACGCUGCCAACACACUCUUCAACCGAUAUAUAUAUGCAAUGGCGGCCUUUAUUCUCCCAGAGGCAUUGGCACUUGCAUUAUUUAUUAUCCCGUUUGCUCGGAAUUUUGUGGAAAAAUCCAGAUUCAAAUUGUUCCAUCUUUUGACCUGGUGGUUCCAGUCUCGCAUAUAUGUUGCUAGGGGUUUAAGGGAGGGCCUGUUGGAUAACUUCAAGUACACACUGUUUUGGAUUCUUGUGCUGGUAUCCAAGUUCCUCUUUAGCUACUUCCUCCAGCUGAAACCUCUUAUAACGCCGACGAAAGAAAUCUUAUCUAUCACAGAUAUUCAGUACAGGUGGCACCAGAUCUUCAAGGGAGGCAACAGAGUUGCGGUGCUUGCGAUUUGGGCUCCAGUUAUAUUGAUCUAUUUCAUGGAUACACAAAUUUGGUAUACCGUCUGGUCUGCGCUUGUUGGAGCAUUAGUAGGCCUAAUGGAUCAUCUUGGAGAGAUCCGAGACGUCCAUCAGCUAAAGAUGCGGUUUAAGAUGUUUCCUCAUGCUGUUCAAUUCCACCUCAUCCCUGCGUCAGAGAGUCUCAAACAACAGUUCGGCUGGACAGCUUAUUUUAGGAAUUUUUAUCACCGUACCCGACUCCGAUACGGUACCGGAGUGUCACCCCAGGAGGAGCAAGUGGAGGUCAAACGCUUUUCACAUAUUUGGAAUGAAAUUCUAAAGAUUUUUCGAGAAGAAGAUCUCAUAAGUAACAGAGAACUGGAGUUGUUAGAAAUACCAGCACAAGUGUGGAAUAUUUCAGUAUUUCAGUGGCCUUCAACAUUGCUCGCAAAUGAGAUUCAUACUGCUUUGAAUAUUGUUAAAAAUAUGCAUGCAGAAGACAAGGCUGUGUGGAAGAAAAUUAUCAAAAGCGACUAUCGGCGAUGUGCUGUUAUUGAGUCCUACGAAAGUAUAAGGCAUAUUCUAAAGAAUAGAAUCUUGAGAAAGAAUUCAUCCGAUCAAAUUUUGGUGUCAACCCUCUUUGAUGACCACAUUGACAGAGCCCUCAAUCAAAAACCUAUGGGGCAAUUUACGGAGGCUUUCUCUCUAUCAAAACUACCCGGUGUUCAUCAACGUAUUCUUACUCUUGUCAAUAGUAUGUUGGCACUAAAAAUGUUGCUCAGUAAACAUGAUAAAGCACGUGAAUUGGAGACGGCAAGGGAUGCGGAAAGUGAAAAAGCACGUGAUACUGAACACGAAAAGGCACGUGAGAAGGUGGUUAGUUCAUUGCAGGAUUUAUGGAAUUUUGUUACCACUGAAUUUGCGAAAAAGAAUGAGAGGGACCGCAUCAAUGCCAGCUUCGAAGAUAAGCAUUUUGGUCCGAAGGCGUUGGCAAAUCUCUUCAACAAUUCGGUUGAAAUACCUCAUCACAAGGAUGAAAGUUUCUACAAACAACUCAAGCGGCUACAGACCAGCUUGGUAACAAAGGACACCCUUCUGGAUGUUCCGCAUGGUCUGGAGGCCCGGCGCCGCAUUUCAUUUUUCGCCAAUUCUCUCUUCAUGACUAUGCCGCGUGCCCCACAGGUGGAGAGAAUGAAUGCUUUUAGUGUUUUGACUCCUUAUUAUCAUGAAGAGGUCAUCUACUCGUUGAAAGACCUUAAUACUGCAAAUGAAGAUGGCAUCACUACCUUAUUUUAUCUGCAGAGAGUCUUUCCUGAUGACUGGAAUAAUUUCAAGGAGCGGUUUGGAGGUUCAAAAGAAUCUGAUGAAAAAUUUGUUAAUCGCAUGAGUGGUAAGGAUGACCCAAAGAAGGACGAUGCAAAGAAAAAAGAUCCUGAAAAGAAACGUGAUGAAGUUGGCCUUGAGCUUUGUUUGUGGGCUUCUUAUCGAGGACAAACACUUGCACGUACUGUGCGUGGUAUGAUGUACUAUGAGAGAGCUCUUGAAUUUCAGGCCUUCUUAGAUGCUGCUGAAAUACGAGAUCUCGACGAACUGCUAGGUUAUAAAGAAAUGAUGGAUCGAGCUUCAAGCAGUACUAGUGAAGGGUCCAGUCGGCGGCGUCAAGGUGAAACUUCAGAGCAAAGAGAGAGUAUUAAUGAACAGAGGAAGAGCGCGGAGCUUGCAAUUGCUGCCAUGAAAUUCACCUAUGUGGUUGCCGCUCAAGUAUAUGGAGCUCAAAAAAAGAGUGGGUCAAAUGCUGCGAAGAGUAUUGCUUAUCUGUUGGAAUUAUAUAAAGGUCUCCGGAUUGCAUAUGUGGAUGAAGUGGAUACACCUGCUGGCAAGCAAUAUUUCUCUGUUUUAGUCAAGUAUGACAGAGUUGCUAAGUUGGAGAUGGAAGUUUUUCGAGUUCAGUUGCCUGGGCCACUGAAGCUAGGGGAAGGGAAGCCAGAGAAUCAAAAUCAUGCUCUUAUCUUUACAAGAGGCGAUGCUGUUCAAACUAUAGAUAUGAAUCAGGAAAUGUAUUUUGAAGAGGCUUUGAAAAUGCGUAAUCUCUUGGAAGAGUUUGACAAACGCCACGGUGUUCGUAAACCAACUAUAUUGGGAGUUCGUGAGCACGUCUUUACUGGUUCAGUCUCAUCAUUAGCCUGGUUCAUGUCAGCUCAAGAAACAAGUUUUGUGACACUAGGGCAGCGUGUUCUGGCCAACCCACUGAAGAUUCGAAUGCAUUAUGGGCAUCCCGAUGUUUUCAACAGGUUGUGGUUCUUGAGCCGAGGAGGUAUCAGCAAAGCAUCUAAAACAAUCAAUAUAAGUGAAGAUAUUUUUGCUGGCUUCAAUUGCACACUGCGUGGUGGCACUGUUACCCAUCAUGAAUACAUUCAGGCUGGAAAGGGCAGGGAUGUGGGUCUAAAUCAGAUUGCCAUGUUUGAAGCCAAAGUGGCAAGUGGUAAUGGCGAGCAAGUUUUGAGUCGAGACGUGUAUCGCCUGGGCCACCGCCUUGAUUUUUUCCGAAUGCUGUCGUUCUACUAUACGACAGUUGGAUUUUUCAUCAAUAACUUGUUAGUUGUGCUUACAGUAUAUGCCUUUUUAUGGGGCCGCGUUUACUUAGCAGUGAGUGGGGUAGAGGCUUCUCUUCAGAACUCGAAAAUCUUAAGCAACACAGCGUUAUUAGCCUCCUUGAACCAACAGUUAAUUGUACAGUUGGGAAUCCUGACUGCACUGCCCAUGAUCGUUGAAAAUGCUUUAGAGCAUGGUUUCACGAAGGCCUUGUGGGAGUUCUUCACGAUGCAGAUGCAGUUGGCAUCUGUUUUCUUCACCUUCUCAAUGGGCACACGUGCUCACUACUUCGGUCGUACUGUACUUCAUGGUGGAGCCACUUACCGGGCUACUGGUCGUGGGUUUGUGGUGAAACACGAACGGUUUGGCAAAAUUUAUAGGCUUUAUAGGACCAGUCAUUUCGUUAAAGCCAUUGAGCUCAUCGCGCUCUUAAUCAUCUAUCGUGCUUAUGGAUCUAGUCGAUCAUCCACGACUUACUUACUUAUUAGUUUGUCUAGUUGGUUCCUUUCGCUGACAUGGCUGGUGGGGCCCUUCAUCUUCAACCCGUCUGGUUUUGACUGGCUGAAGACUCUGGAGGAUUUUGAAGACUUUAUGGGUUGGCUGAAGUACAAAGGAGGCUUUAUAGUGGACUCUGAGCAAAGUUGGGAGAGUUGGUGGAUGGAAGAACAAUCACAUUUUAAAACCACUGGUAUUUUGGGAAAAGUGGCGGACAUAAUUCUUAAUCUGCGAUACUUCUUCUUUCAGUAUGGGAUCGUCUACCAGCUCAACAUAACUGCGACCAGUCAGAGCAUAUUUGUGUAUGUUAUCUCAUGGAGCUACGUAGUUGUGGCUGCUUUGAUCCACUUCGUCCUCGCCGUUGCUGGCAGUCGCUACUCUAACAGGAAGCAUGGUCUUUAUCGAGCAAUCCAAGCAGCCCUCAUCACAGUGAUUGUCGCAAUUAUCGUGGUGCUGAAAGUUUUCACAAGCUUCAGUUUAAGAGAUCUCUUCACCUCAUUGCUGGCUUUCGUGCCCACUGGUUGGGGCAUCAUCCAGAUCCUCACUGUUAUUAGGUUUCGAGGUCUCGAGAAGUCCUUCGUGUGGCCCGUAGUCGUUAAUGUAGCUCGACUUUACGAGUUCGGCAUCGGACUCAUUGUUCUGGUUCCUGUCGCUGUUCUAUCGUGGCUUCCUGGUUUUCAGGCCAUGCAGACUAGGGUUCUCUUUAACGAGGGUUUUAGUAGAGGUCUCCAGAUUUCGCAGCUCUUUGCUACUGUUCAGAAGGUCAAAAAGUCAGAUUAAAGAUUUUCAAGCUUGGCCUGUGAAGCUUGUUCUCUACCAGCAAAUCACUGGUUGCAGUGCGUUUGCCUUUUCUGCAUUAAGCAUGUGGAGACCAUUGCAUUCCGGUGCCCUCAACAAUGGUCAACAACAGACUUUCAUUAGUAUGUUUCCGCCAUUACCUUUAUAAUGAGGUGGAGGUAAGUGGGGGGUGCUGAUAACACGUGGAGGAGCUUUGUUGUGAUCAUUUGUCCUAGCGAAAUGCUCAUUUUGUUAAGCAUAUAAUCUGUACUGGUCAAAAAGCUGUCGAGGUAAAACAGUCUGUCAAGUGGGAAUCCUCCAUGGUCGUGGACGAACAUGUUCGUAAUUUCAGCUUCAAUAUAUCUUGAGACUUGUAUUUUAUUCAGUA